CCUGGAGGAGUUAGGAUGUCUGCAAAAUGGCGAGCUUUGCAGCACCGGCACCGGUGCACUUACAGCGCUGUGAUAUUCCCUCAGUAUUACAUCGACUCCCUGAAUGAAUUGCCUUCGGAUAUAUCUUCUCUAAAAUUCUUUACUGAACUGAAAGAGUUGAUCUCUCUAAACUCGACUUACUCGCAAGUUGAAUACGUAAAGAAAGUCAGUUCGUCUUUUGGAGAGUUGCUAAGCAUUAGUGGAGAUGUUGUAGUUUCAGAGGCAGCUCGGUUUUAUUUGGAGGUACUGUUUCUUGAGAAUUCUCAGCCGUUGCACAGAACUCUAGUUUCUGUUCUCGCCAGACCCCGUGAUCACCAGUCCCUAAUUGGAAGUUGUCUCCGAUCGCUGUGUGAUGAAUAUGGUGUUUUAGGUUCGAAAGGAAAGAGAUUUUCUGUAUCUCGUGUGGCGCUGUCGUUGAUGAGUUGCCCUAAGUUGAGCUUUUUAUUGGAAAUCGUGGAGGAAUGCUCUGUUUCGGUAGCUUUGGAUGUAGCUUUUGGUAUGAAUGCUGUGGUUUCCGAGAUUGAAGUUGGCUCCCGGCCUUCACCCAUUGUCAUGGAGCAAUGUCAGGAGGCAUUGUCUUGUUUAUAUUACUUGCUUCAGCGCUUUCCCUCAAGGUUUACUGAUCCCGGAUGUUGCCGAAGAACUCUAAUCCCUGAAGAUUCGACCAUAUUUGAGAUUGUUAUGAAAUCAAUAAUAAGAAUAUUGAAAUCACCAGCCUUUUCAAGGGAUUGCUGGGUGGCCGCAGGUGUGGGUUUCUGUGCUGCUCUCCAAGCGUGUAUGAAUCCUCAAGAGCUUGCUUUGUCUCUAGUUAAGCUUUUUUACCAUCAGACUAGAUGUUCAAUUUCUGGUUACGAGGAUGAAUUCAGAAGUUCAGAUUCCGGGUUACCUUAUAUAGGAUUUCUAUGUUUGGAAAUCAAGGAAUUCUCAGUAUUGAGUAGGCUCUGCUUGCUGAGGGGAAUCCUUACUGCAAUUCCACGGAUGGUGCUCAAUACCCAGUUUAUUUUAUCAAAGGAUAGUGUAAAGGAUUUAAAUUUCCAUGGUACUAGGAAUGACUUGAUUUGGACCAUACUGUUUGAUGGGAUUUUGCCUGAGCUAUGCAGUUAUUGCGAAGAUCCCAUUGAUAGCCACUUUAAUUUCCAUGUCUUAACCGUUAUGCAGAUCUGCUUCCAACAGAUAAAAACCUCAAUACUAGCCGGACUUGUCAAUCGGUCUGAAAAUUAUGACCCACUCCCUGAGAACAUGGGAGCUCGAAUAUUGAGAAUAAUAUGGAAUAACUUGGAGGACCCUCUGAGUCAGACAGUCAAACAAGUUCAUCUCAUUUUCGAUCUUCUUCUAGAUAUUCAAUCCACACUUCCUUUGGCGGAGAGGAGCGUGGGAAGGAAGUCCUUCUUAUGGAAGACUGCAGGGGAUCUUCUUCGUCUAGGGUCGCGUUGCAAGGGAAGAUAUGUUCCUUUAGCUUCUCUUACCAAGAGGUUGGGUGCAAAAACUCUUUUAGACAUGAGCCCAGACUUACUGUUUGAAACGGCUCAUGCUUAUGUGGAUGAUGAUGUGUGCUGUGCUGCCACAACGUUCUUUAAGUGCUUCCUUGAAUGCUUGCGUGAUGAGUGCUGGAGCAGUUAUGGCGUUGACAGAGGGUAUGUAACUUUCAGAGGGCACUGCUUACCUCCUGUUCUUUAUGGACUUGUUUCUGGAGCUUCAAAACUCCGUUCUAACUUAAACACUUAUGCACUGCCUGUUCUGCUUGAAGUUGAUGUGGAUAGUAUAUUUGCAAUGCUUGCUUUUAUCUCAGUUGGGAGUGGAGAUAAAACUGAAAUGGUUUAUCCCGAGCUUGCUGGUUGUGACAAGGAUUUAAUGGUUGACCAGCAAGUAGCUGCUUUGGUUUCAUUAAUGAAGGUAUCUCGCUUGCUUGCACUGAUAGAAGGUGACAUUGAUUGGUACCAUGACUCUUCAGUGCUUCAGGAAGAGGAUGGUCUGGAAACAGAAGGUUGUGACCUUUUUGCGUUUGUUUGUAUCAAGGGAAGAAAGGUCAAAAUCAUUGUGGAAUGGCUAGUGCUGGCAUUGACCCAUGUUGAUGAAACACUCCGUAUUGAUGCUGCAGAGUCUCUCUUCUUGAACGCUAAGACAUCUACUCUGCCUUCUCCUUUGGAACUGAGCCUAAUGAAGGAAGCGAUGCCCCUGAAUAUGCGGUGUAGCUCAACGGGCUUUCAGAUGAAGUGGACCAGCUUGUUUAGAAAGUUCUUUGCUCGGGCUAGGACGGCAUUGGAGAGACAGUUUAAAGAAGGUCACUGGCAGCCGCUAGGGUGCUCAGGCAAUUAUAAAGUGGACCAAGAUAAGGCAAACAAGGAAAAUGUAGCUGAUAGAGCUCAGAAUCUUUUUCAUUUUAUGAAGUGGUUAAGUUCCUUUCUAUUUUUUUCUUGUUAUCCUUCUGCGCCAUAUGAGAGGAAAAUUAUGGCCAUGGAGCUCAUCCUGAUAAUGAUCAAUGUCUGGCCUAUAAUACCUGAUCCGCAAGGUAUGUGUAGUUCCAUAUCUCCUGCAACCUGUCUUUAUCCCUACAGUGAAGGGUUCACGCUACCUGAUUCAACUUUAUUGUUGGUUGGAUCAAUAAUCGAUAGUUGGGACAGACUGAGAGAGUGUUCUUUUCGGAUACUUCUAAAUUUCCCUACCCCACUUCCUGGCAUUUCCAGUCAAGACACAGUCAAGGAAGUGAUUACAUGGGCUAAGAGGUUGGUAUGCAGUCCACGUGUCAGAGAAAGUGAUGCAGGUGCCUUGACUUUGCGGCUUAUAUUUAGGAAAUAUGUAUUGGAGCUUGGCUGGCGAGUUGGAGCUUUAGUUAACACUGUUCCUCAUAAUUCACAGUACAAACUGAUUAAUGGGGAUACACAAAUUUGUAAAUCGAAAUUCCCUGUGAUAGAUUAUAUACUAUCCUUGAUUGAUUGGUUGCAUUUUGCUGUGGUAGAGGGAGAGAAGGACCUUUCUGAAGCAUGUAAGAACAGCUUUGUUCAUGGUAUAUUGCUUACGCUUCGAUACACUUUUGACGAGCUGGAUUGGAAUUCCAAUAUUGUUUUGUCCAGCAGUUCCGAGAUGAAGGUUGCACUGGAUAAGCUACUUGAGCUGAUCAUGCGGAUAACUUCGUUGGCACUUUGGGUGGUAUCUGCAGAUGCAUGGUGUCUCCCUGAAGACAUGGAUGAUGUGGUUGAUGAGUCUUUUCUUUCGGAUGCACCAGUUGAAAUGGAUGUAGCUAUGUCUUCCCCGGAACUUCAGGUCAAUAAUUCAAAGCUUGUGGACAAUGUCAAACAAUCAGAACAGAUUGUCAUGGUUGGUUCUUGGCUUGCUAUGAAAGAGGUGAGUCUUCUCCUGGGAACCAUCAUAAGGAAAAUACCUUUGCCGAGUAGUGCUUUUUCAGAUUCAACUAAGCACAGGGAACCUGUUUGUGAAGCUCGUGAUGUACCACUAGUUACAACAUCUGAUGCAAUGCUUAACAUUAUCCAACUUGAGAAAAUAGGGAAUCAUUUCUUGGAAAUCCUUUUGAAAAUGAAGCACAAUGGUGCUAUUGAUAAGACACGGGCUGGAUUUACAGCUCUUUGCAAUCGUCUACUUUGUUCAAAUGAUCCACGGCUUUGUAAAAUGACAGAGUCUUGGAUGGAACAACUGAUGGAAAGAACUGUGGCCAAGGGACAAACUGUGGAUGAUUUGUUAAGGAGAAGUGCUGGGAUUCCUGCUGCAUUCAUUGCUCUUUUUCUGUCAGAACCAGAAGGAACUCCAAAGAAACUCCUCCCGCGGGCUCUAAAAUGGCUAAUAGAUGUUGCUAACAUGCCUUUAACCAAUUCGACAAGAGCUAAUAGUGAGCAGGCUCAGCACAAUGAUUUGCAUGUGAACUUUGUAGAGCUUGACCAGGCAUCUUUUUGUGCUCCACCAAUUCUGGCGGAUGUGAGUGAAAAGAACUCAAAAAUCCGAGAUGAGGGUGUGAUUCCCAUGGUACAUGCAUUCAAUGUCCUCAGGGCUUCUUUUAAUGACACCAAUCUAGCAGCUGAUACAUCUGGUUUUUGUGCCGAGGCUUUGAUUGUUUCAAUACGUUCAUUUUCCUCUCAAUAUUGGGAGGUUAGGAAUAGUGCUUGUCUUGCAUAUACUGCCUUGGUUCGCCGCAUGAUUGGAUUCCUUAAUGUACACAAACGUGAAUCUGCAAGGCGUGCAUUAACUGGGCUUGAAUUUUUUCAUAGGUAUCCAAUAUUGCAUCCUUUCCUGUUCAACGAAUUGAAGAUUGCAACCGAGUUUCUUGGGGAUGGUACCUCUGAACAUUCGGGUUCAAACAUCGCGAAAGUUGUGCAUCCGAGCUUGUGUCCCAUGCUAAUUCUUUUAUCCAGACUGAAGCCCUCACCACUCAGUAGUGAAAAUGAAGAUGGUCUGGAUCCGUUCCUGUUCAUGCCAUUCAUCAGAAGAUGCUCAAUGCAAAACAAUCUCCGAGUUCGUGUUCUUGCAUCAAGAGCUUUAAUAGGCCUGGUAUCUAAUGAGAAACUGCCAAAUGUCCUGCUCAAUAUUGCCAAUGAGUUGCCUCACACACGCCAGAUGACUAGUAACUCCAUUUCAACUAGCUCAGUAGACGGAAUCGAUGGGAUCCAUGUGGCUUCAUUUAAUUCCAUUCAUGGCAUGCUAUUGCAGUUAAGUUCUCUCUUGGAUAACAACUGCAGGAACUUGUCUGAUGUCUCUAAGAAAGAUCGGAUACUUGGUGACUUGAUACAGGUGCUCGUGACAUGUUCAUGGAUCGGCAACCCCAGACUGUGUCCUUGUCCCGUUCUUAACUGCUCAUUUUUACAAGUUCUGGACCACAUGCUCAGUGUUGUGAGGACAUGCAGGAGAGAACUUUAUGGUUCUAUCCGUAGCCUCCUCCUUGAAUCGUCUUUGCAAUGCUUAGAUGCAGAGGUUUCUGAUGGAACCCCAUUUUAUGAUCCAACUAAAAUAGAACUCCGCAGGCAGGCAGCCAUCUCCUAUUUCAACUGCAUUUUUCAAGCAUCUACAGAUGCAGGUGAAGAUCUUCAUAUGAAGCCCCAGAGAUGCUAUUCACCUGCAUUAGAUUUGUCCAAAGCACCUGAAAUUGAGAAUGCUGUUCCUGUACUUCAGGAAAGACUGAUACUUUCUUUAUCUGAUGCGUCUUACGAAGUUCGACUUGCUACGCUAAAGUGGCUUCUGAAGUUCCUUAAAGCAACGGGGUUUGGUGUAACCAAUGGCCUAUCUGACAGUGACGCUUACAUUGUUCACCACUGGUCUAAGACUUACUUGCAGCCAUCACUGAUGCAGAUCUUAGCAGUCGAGGAAAACCCUAGAUGUACUAACUACAUUCUGAGAAUUCUUUUCUCUUGGAACAUGCUGCAGUUUAAGAAAUCAGGUGACCAAUGCAUGGGGACAAUUUAUGUUGGUGGGAUGGAUUAUGACACAAUAUUUGAAUUUUGGAAUAAUUUAUUAUCCUUGAACAAGCGUGCGAGACAUUUGAAGACUCGUGAAACACUAUUAUGCUGCAUGGGGAUAUGUGUGAAGCAGUUUUCAUGUUUAUUCAAAAGCUCCUCUCCUUGUGAUGUAGAAAAAAGCAUUGAUUCCAGCUUGCUUCAUCAGCCAAAAAAAUGGGCCCGGAUCCUUGGAUGCAUCAAUUCAUUUAUUAACCUAAUUAAGAAACAUAGUUCCUCAUCUGAGCCAGUCAAUAUGCGUAAGGCAGCUGCAGAAUCCAUUAUUGCAUCUGGGUUGCUGGCAGAAGCCGAGUAUGUCAGUUCUUUUGUCUCAAAUACCCAAAUCCCUUCAGAAGAAAAGUGUCCUCAUUUUGAUCCAUCAGAAGCUGCUGACACUUACGCUUAUGGAAUACUAGAUUUAUGGUUCACAUGUAUCAGGUUGUUGGAGGAUGAAGAUAUUGGGCUUAGACAGAGUCUUGCUGAAGAUGUCCAAAGGUGUUUUACUUUAAAGGCAUCCAGAAGAAGCCAGCAGAAUGGGGUUGUUCCCACCCAGGUGGAGAAAGUGAUUGAAGCAAGCUUUGAGUUUUUGUCUUCAAUCUUCGGACACUGGAUUGUGUACUUCAAUUAUCUUUCGAACUGGGUUCUGGACACUGCAAGUUGGACACUAACCAGAGGAGAUCUAGUUAGACGGGUUUUUGACAAAGAAAUUGAUAAUCACCAUGAGGAGAAGUUGUUGAUUUGCCAAAUUUGUUGUUUCCAUUUGGAGAAGCUUCCGAUCUCCAAGUCUUGGGCAGCCAACAUGGGCAACAGGAACGAGGUCAUGAUUUUCUUACAAAAAAGGAGACUUAGGUUUUACCAUCAAUUGAUAUCUUGUUCUAGCGAUUAUAUAGGGAUGCAUGAUGGUGUUGAUUGGAUUGGCGGCAUGGGUAACCACAAGGACACAUUUAUCUCAUUAUAUGCAAAUUUGCUCGGCCUUUAUGCCCUAUCACAAUGCCUCUUCAAUGGAGAAGCUGAGAUUGGUGUGCCUCUACUCACUGACCUCAUUGAACUUGGAGGAACUAUUCGACCUUUUCUCAGGAACCCAUUAAUUUCUAACUUGUAUUCAUUAGUGAUUCAAUUACAUGAGAGAAAGCUUGGUGUUGUGGACCCUUUCAGUGAUGAAUCAGGUGAUUGCUUCAUCUGGGAAGGUUUUGAUCCUUAUUUUCUUCUGAGGUGAACUGUAAUUUAUACAAUACUGACAUUACCCAUUUCAAGCUUAUAGAAUAGAGUAGCUUAUUUCAA